GAUGGAUUUCAGAUUGUAUGUUGAAUCAGUUAUUUUAAAAAAGAGCAGUAAAAUGUCUUUUUGUUUCCUGCAUAAAAUAAUUUAAAAUGUUAAAUCUAUAAUACUUUGUCAAUUCUAGUUUUACAUACAUGUUCUGUAGUUUUAUUUUUUCAUUCCUACCUUUAGCACUUUCUUUUAUUUUUUAUUCCUUGAAUGUUAGUAUUUUUGUACCAUUAUAUUUGACAUGUACAAUAAAGUUUCUUAAAAAAAAAAAAAAAAAUCAGAAUGCCCCGGAUGUUGAUCCUUCGUUUUCCGCCUUACAAGCCCAAACAGUAGAAUUCACCUUCAAACGUAGUUCUGAUUUGUCAACUUUGUUACAUUUUGUUUUCUAAAACCCACGCGUGGAAUAAUUGAGUUCAUUUUUAGUCUGUGUCUCACAUGCAGACUAUGUUUUAACGUGGAGUAAAAACCGAACGUACCCUUUUCGCGUUAGCUAACACCGCUGCGGCGCGUGAACCCCAGUGUCCGCACGUGAGGCUUCUUUGAGGUCAUUUAAACUCCGUAUGUUAAGGCCGACAGAGACAACCGUGGAGUGAACGUGUAAACGCACAAUAAUGGUGUUUUUAACACUACCCCUUUGGAUUCGUAACCGGGGACCGGACCGGUUCUGGAAGGUCCAAGAUCUUCUCAAGCAUGCUCGGCACUUCAGGGGCAGGAAGAACCGCUGCUACAGUCUGGCUGUGCGGGCGGUCAGGAGGGCGUUCGUUUACGCCACCAAAUCACGAAAACUGAAGAAACGCAACAUGAGGACGUUGUGGAUCUCACGCAUCGCUGCAGCGACACGGGAGCACGGCAUGAAGUAUCCUGCCCUCAUACACAACCUCACAAAGAGCAGCGUUCAGCUCAAUCGACGAGUGAUCAGCGAUCUGGCCAUCACAGAACCCAGGACCUUCCAGUCGCUGGCAAAAAUAGCAAAAGCUCGGCAGCAAGAAGGCUUCCGUGCCGCGCUGGGCGAUGGCAAAGAACCUCCUGGAGUCCUCUCCCGCAUUGUUAUGCUGCAGUAAAAGACUAUUUAUCGUCAUGGCGUCACAGAGCACCUCUGAUGUCAGAAAAACACAUUUUUUUGCUUUUGUUAUUACAUAAAGAUACUUAAACUCCAAA